AUGGCUCCCCGACCUAUUUUCGCUGCUACUCACCCCAGAGCUUGCUCUACGGCUUUUGAAAGGGUGUUUAUGGCUCGCCGUGAUAUCCUAGAGUGUGCUCACGAGCCGUUUGGUGAUGCCUUUUACUUUGGCCCAGAGUUUAUGAGCGACCGGUUCAGGGAUGAUGUUGCCACUCGCCAGAGCUCACAGUACCGGGAUACUACUUACAAGAGUGUCUUGGAGAGACUUGAGGAUGCAGAAAAAGAGGGCAAACGCCUAUUCAUCAAGGACAUGGCAUACUACCUGAUGCAACCCGAUGGCAAGCCAUCACAAAUCGCACCCUCUCUUGGAGGCGGCGAAGAAGCCGGAAACCCAACAGUUCUGCCUGUCAACAUACUAAAGCGCUUCCACUUUACCUUUCUCAUCCGCCACCCCAAGCGCUCAAUCCCUUCUUACUACCGCUGCACCAUCCCUCCCUUGAGCGAGAUCACCGGAUUCGACUACCUCAUGCCCAACGAGGCGGGCUACGUAGAGCUUGUUCGGCUCCUAGACUUUUUGCUUGAGCGUGGAAUCGUCGACAAGGACCACAUCACGGCCAUUGACGCGGAUGAUCUGCUUGACAAGCCGGAGCAGGUUAUCCGAGAGUACUGCGCGAGGAUCGGCGUCGAUUUCAAGCCGCAGAUGUUGAAUUGGAGCGAGGAGGAUAAGGAGCAUGCGGCGGAGAUGUUUGCCAAGUGGAAUGGCUUCCAUGAUGAUGUGCUCAAGACGAAUUGUUUCCAGGCACGAUCUCAUGCUCAGAAAACCUCAACCGUUGAGUCUGAGAACAAGGAAUGGUCGGAAAAAUAUGGUCCUGAGGCGCAAAAGCUGAUUCGCCAGACCGUUGAUGAGAAUAUCCCCCACUACGAAUAUUUGAAACAAUUUUGCAUUUCUGUUUAA